AUGGCCGCAUCUAUUCAGACAUUAGGAACUGAUUUUGAAAACUCUCGUGACGACACUACUGUUUACACCCAAUCAGCAACACCAAACACUCUCACAGCUAGUCCAGUGUCAGAGAAUACACCGUUACUACCACAAAAGCAUAGAGAUGGACGUCUAAUUUACACUAUCUCUAUUAUCAAGGCUGAGAGCUGGGUCUUACUCCGUUACGCUCUCCCAAUAUUUGGAACUCAGAUCCUUGAGUAUUCCCUCAUGAUGGCCUCGGUAAUAUCAAUCGGGCACAUAUCAACUGAUGCCCUUGCGGGCUCCACUUUGGGGUCUAUGACAGCAAAUGUGACAGGUUUAAGCAUAAUCCAUGGUUUUGCGAGCGCGCUUGAUUCAUUGUUACCACAAGCAUGGACUAGCGGCCGGCCUGAGAACGUUGGCCUCUGGACCCAAAGAAUGAUGGUGUUGGUUACACUAAUACUAGUUCCUAUUCUCUUCAUUUGGUUGAACGCCGAGGCGAUACUACUAAAGCUCAGGCAGGAGCCAGCCAUUGCACACCUGGCUGGGGUGUAUUUGCGUUGGUUCAGUUUCAGCUUACCAGGCCAAGCUAUUAGCAUAAUUCUAAGACGAUUUUACCAAGCACAAGGCCUCGUGCACAUCCCUACCAUGAUCAUGGCCGUAACCGCGCCUAUCAACGCUCUAUUGUGCUGGCUCCUUGUAUGGGGUCCAGAGCCCGUGAAUGCUGGCUUCAUCGGAGCCCCAAUUGCCAGCAGUUUAUCGUUCAAUUUGAUGGCCAUCAUUUCGUUGGUAUAUGCACGGUGGUUCAUCCCAAACACCGCAUUUCACCCUAUCAAUAGACAAUGUUUUCGUGAAAUCGGAAAGCUAUUCAGGCUGGGGCUCUCAGGAGUGGGACAAAUAGCUAGUGAAUGGUGGUCCUGGGAAUUCGUAGCUCUGGCAGCCUCCCAACUGGGUCCCGUCCCGCUGGCGGCGCAGAGCGUUCUUCUAACAUCGAGUUCAACUGCAUUUCAGACACCCUACUCCCUUGGAAUGGCUACCACAGUAAGGGUAGGGAAUCUCCUAGGUUCAGGACAAGCACAGAUGGCCAAACUAGCAGCUGAAACUGCCAUCGGGAUGUCGUUGAUAAUAGCUCUAACCCUUAGCACGAUCUUUAUGACCUUCCGGACCAAUUGGGGAUAUUUGUUCAACAACGAUGAAAACGUUGCGUCGCUUGUUGCGUCUGUACUUCCUCUAGUUGCGCUUUUCCAGGUUGUUGAUGGAGCAACAGCUGUAAGCGACGGUGUUCUAAGAGCUCGGGGAAUGCUCGGCCUCGGUGCCAUAAUCAAUAUAUGCUCAUAUUAUAUUAUUGGUUUACCUGUCGGUGUUGCGUUGGCAUUUUGGGCUGAUCUAGGACUCAAGGGGCUCUGGGCUGGACUUGCUAUUGCACUAUUCUGUGCAGCCGCCAUCUCAAUAUUUGUCGUAUACAAAACUAACUGGAACCUCGAAGUUUCUAAGAUUAACCGGAAACAACGCCCUUCCCUCUCAGAUAUCCCAUUCUAUGGCAACCAGUUCAGAGUUUAUAUUAUCGAUACUUCGUGA